UUAUCAGAUCCUAGGAUGAAGGAGUUGACUUUUUUGGUUCUUUGCUUAUGUGAGACAUCAUCAUCUUAUUAUAAAUCACAGGUGGUAGUAAAUUUGAACAUGAUUUUGUUGCUGAGGGAAGAUAACUCUUUGUGAUAUUUAAUUUUGUAUAUCCUUUUUUCUUUCUAUGUGUGGAUGUACCUAACUUUUGAGGAAAAAUCUGUCCUGAUCUAAGCUGUUUACUUCCACCCAGGUUAUCUGGUCAACAAAGGAAAAAUCAAAGAUGCAGAUUGCUAAAGUACUGUCCAAAUCUGAAGCAUCACGUCGCCUCCUAAGCUUGAUGAUCAUUUCAUUCCUUCUAUGCACGACGUAUCUUCUUGCAUCAUUCUUGAUCCUCCCAAGGACGAAGGUAAUACAUUUUUCCGGUUCCUUACAAGGCUGGUCAUCACCAACCACCCUUCAACACGUCGUCUUUGGUAUUGCCUCGAGUGAGAAGUCCUGGCCGAGCAGGAAGGAGUAUGUUAGAAUCUGGUGGAUGCCCGAGGAGAUGAGGGGUUGUGUUUUCCUGGAACGCAUGCCCCCAAACGGAACUCUUGACCAGGCUGAUAACGGUUCUCUUCCUCCUAUAUGUGUAUCGGAGGACACAUCAAGGUUCCGUUACACAUACAGGAAUGGCGGCCUCCCGUCAGCCAUACGCGUGGCACGUGUGGUGUCGGAGACUGUUGCCCUCAACCACCCCGAUGUGAGGUGGUUUGUGUUUGGGGACGAUGACACGCUCUUCUUCCCUGAGAAUCUUGUCAAAACCCUUUCCAAGUAUGAUGAUGGCCUGUGGUAUUACAUUGGAACAAACUCUGAGAGUUUUGCUCAGAACAAGCAAUUUUCGUAUGAAAUGGCCUUUGGAGGAGCUGGUUUUGCUAUCAGCUAUCCUCUGGCCAAAGUUUUGGCUUCUGUGCUCGACUCGUGUUUGGCUCGAUACCCUCAUCUUUUUGGAAGUGACGGCAGGAUUCAAGCCUGCCUUGCUGAGCUUGGCAUCAGUCUCACUCAUGAGCCAGGAUUCCAUCAGAUGGAUAUCCGUGGGAGUAUGCUCGGAUUCUUGACCUCUCACCCGCUCAGGCCUAUUGUUUCUCUCCAUCACUGGGACGCCACGGAUUCGAUUUUCCCCAAAAUGGAACCAAAAGAUGCUAUGCAACACUUGUUUCAAGCCGUGAACAUCGAUUCCCAGAGGGUCAUGCAGCAGACAGUGUGCUACGAUCGUUGGUUUUCUUGGACAAUCUCUGUUUCUUGGGGCUAUGCAGUCCAAAUCUUUCCGCACCACCUCUCCUUACCGGAGGCACUGCGCACUCUAGAAACCUACCAGCCGUGGAAAAAAAAUGGCGGCAUUCAUGAGUUGUAUGAUGUAGACACAUUAUCCCUCCACCCUGAUCCCUGCCGUAGGCCUACUGUGUUUUUCUUGGACAGUGUGUCCUCUGCAACGGAUGGGAUAAGGAGCGUUUACAGAAAUAUGACCUCCGAGAACUGCACGUUCAGCGACCCGUUAUCUCCAAGGAAGCUUGAACAGAUCAUAGUUAUGUCACACAAGCUUGAUCUUGAUCAGAAACAGCUUCUGGCGCCGCGAAGACAAUGCUGUGAUGUGCUGCCUUCUGCUGCUGGGAAUGUGAUGGAGAUUGCUGUUAGAGAAUGUGGCCAUGAAGAGUUGAUACAUAUGCAUUGAUUUUGGUACAUUAUAGUAAUUUAUUUAAUUAUCCACCAUGUUAGGGGAAACUUGUGAACUAAUCAAGGAUAACUGUCAGAUCUCUCCUGCAUUUUCUUCAAUCAAACUCUUCUUAUUUCUUGGAUUC